AUGCCGAAGCGCAACAGCAACGGAGGGGGAGGCGGAGGUCAGGCGGCCAAGGUUCGAGAGGAUCCGCUCUACGAGCAGGUCCGGCAGAUCAAGCAACAGAAGAACCAAACGAAAAAGGCCCAAUACAAGAAGCCGAAGACGAAGGUAGCAUUCCGCCAGGAGCCUAAGGUGGCCGAGGGCGAGAAGCGUAAGAUCAACUACCAGAUCGAGAAGAACAAGGGUCUGACCAAGCGACGCCGGAAGGAGUGCCGCAACAGCCGCGUCAAGCUCAAGAACAAGUACUCCAAGGCCAUGAAGAAGCUCAACGGCCUCAGGCCGGGCGUGAAGGACCGCAUGAACCCGGUCCACUACGAUGGCGAGGCCAGCGGCAUCAACAUGAACGUCGUCAAGAGCGUCUCACUAAAGUCUUCUUGA